AUGCCCCACCACGAUGGCAAGACGAGACCCCCAGAAGACCGUGGCGUUCCGACAAUCCGUAUAGACUGCAGGCUUACCCACUACGUAAGUCGACCAAUCCCACCCUGUAUUACUGCCGUUUUCAAUCCCAUCUACACGACACCGCUUUUGCCAGCAGUUAUUAACGGUAAACAUUGUUCCGCCUUGAUUGACUCGGGAGAUUCGUGUAGUCUUAUCUCCCCGCGUCUGAGUCCUGGUCUCUCGACCACGAAAAUAAGAACGACAAUACACGCGAUGAACGGGAUUCGCAUUAACGUAACAGAAAGCGCCAACAUCGCCCUGAAGGUUGUCGGAGAAACCCUACAUCACCAGAUGGUGGUCAUCCCCGAACUUCCAUGGGACGUCAUCCUGAGCGUCGAUUUCCUCCCUGUACAGAAAUGCGUCCUGAACUCGAUGAAUAACACACUUAUGAUCAAGGGGAAGGAAAUUCUCCUCAUGCAAGCCGAAAAAGUACCCAGGCAUGGACGACCAACCAUCAGCAGUGUUGAGUCACAAAACGGACCAGCACAACUCCUUGGACAAACAGACUCCGCAUAUAGGCCGUUCGUGAAAAGACUACUUAAUCGAUCUUGGGAUGUUUUCGCGUGGGAUGGCAUCCGAUUAGGAACAUUGAAUCUCGUCAAACAUCGAAUCGACACCCAAGGAGCCACCCCGAUACGCCAAGCGUCAAGACGCGUCCCGGUACAAUCGCGUGAGGACUUAGGAAAGAUCGUCGCAGAUAUGCUGCGCGGGGGAGUGGUCAAUGUAUUUCAUGCUAAAUUUUUGAAAAUCCUUCCAACCCCAUAA